AUGGAUGGUGAACCGAUUGAUAUGAAAGUCGUUGUCAUUGGCACAACAAGUGUCGGUAAGACAUGUAUUGUCCAGCGUGCAACGAGUGGUGAGUUCAAUGAAAAAAUUACUCCAACAUUAGGUGCUUCUUACAUUUCAAAAGUAAUUGAAGUUAACAACCAAAAAGUUAACUUACAAAUAUGGGAUACUGCAGGUCAAGAAAGGUAUAAGGGUAUGACACCAAUGUACUAUCGUGGUGCUCAAGCUGCUUUAAUCGUUUAUGCUGUUGAUUCAACAGAGAGUUUCGGAUGCAUAGAUGAAUGGUAUGAAAGUGUUGAAAAGAAUAAAACAAACCAAGUUCACUACAUCCUUGUUGGCAAUAAAUGCGAUGUCGAAAAGCGCGUUGUUUCCACUGAGGAAGGUAAAAAUAAAGCAGAUGCGCUUGGAGCACAAUACUAUGAAGUAUCUGCACUUUCUGGAGAAGGUAUUGAUGAUUUAUUCGUUAAUAUUCCAAAGAAAUUCCUUGAAGAGCUUCCAGUUCAAUAUCACGACGAAAAGAAUCUUAAACUCGAGAAGCAAAAAGAUGACAAGAAAGGAUGUUGUUAA